AUGUCUCUCAACACGCUCAUCUCGACCAUCCUCCUCCAGCUGUGCCUGGCUCCUCUGGGCCUCGCCGCUCCCGUCUCAACCGAGGCGCUAGACAACAGCUGGCAGUACGGCACCGGCGGCGGACUGCUGGGGCUUGUCGUCCUCAUCCUGGACGUCAUCGUGUUCGUCGAGGUUCUCAAGUCGAGCCGCCCACCCGUUCAGAAGCUCGUCUGGUGCCUGGUCGUCUUCCUGUUCCCGGUCAUCGGCAUGAUCAUCUACUACCUGUUCUCGAAUCGGUCUGCGUACCAGCGGGGCGCCGGCUACGAGACACUGGCUUAG